CUCUCUCAUAAAUGUCAAAAAACAAAACAAGAUGUUUUCGUGAAGUGAAGAGUUUCCUGUUAUAGGAGAAUAUUAACAAGAAUAUUCUUUUAGGAAUCACCUAAGUGAAGCAAGAGAAAUGCUGAAUUGAAAAGGAGAUUAAUUUGACUAUGUGCGAUUCAGAAUGGGACGUGCUUGCCGAAAUCCACCUACAAAAUCGGGGCAGCACCACAGACUUCAUUUGUGUAUGUAGCAGAUUUUUCGUGCGAACAAAGUAUCAAGCAAAGCGCAACUCAUCUUUUGAACACACCGCCUCUGAGGAUGAUCCACAGAACGAAGAAGACACCAAUGAAAUUCCAGAAGAAGUACCAGUUCAGAAAGAUAUAACCGCAAAAUUAAAAACCGAGCAGGAAGCCGUCAGCUGUUACUGCAGCGCCUCUCAAACGGACAAUCUGUCCACCGACGAGCACGACAGCUUGAGGGACUGCUCGACCAGAGGUAUCCAGCAAAGCGACAGCGGCACCGACUUGAGGGAGCAUUCCGUUCAAGACGUAGCCGGGGACUGGAACCGAUUUUGGGCGUUGUACGGGGAGAAGUUGAUAUGGAAGUCUUGGAUCGACAAAUAUAGCGCGUACAUCAAUCCGGACUAUUUGCAGAGAGAUUUCGGAGAAGGCAGUAGCUUUUCUGUUACGGACGUUCGAAAUAAAGAGAAAGUUCCCCUGGAAGAGCUCCCACAUUCCCAACUUCCACAUAAAACCGACAACUCGACCUCCAAAGAGGUCUCCAAGAAAAACGUCUUGCUGCGCAACUUAUCGCUGAGCGAGGAGAAAAUCUUCGCCGACGUCUCCGAGGGCUGGAACCCCUUGUCGCCGGUCAGCGUCGACGAAGGCACCGAAGCCGAGCGUCUGCUCAGCUCCAGGUGCGGCUCCUACACGAGCGGUUCUCUUAAAACUCUGGAUUCCAUGACGAACGUUACCGGUUUGACGGUAUCGUCUUUGAAUUCGAGUCGAGCGACGUCUAGUUCGGAUAGUAUCUCGUCCGUCAGCUCGGUAAACAGCUCUAUCAGUUCGGAAGACCUCGACGAAGACUACCAAAGCCAGUGGAACGAGCUGUGGCAGCGCCACUACGAAGAUGAGUAUCUGGUGCAGUACAACAAGUUCAUCGAGUCC